CCCGGGGCGGUCCCCGCGCCGAUUGGCAGAGCUCAGAGCCACGUGGCUGUCCUGGCAGCGGCGGCCGGGCUCGGGCGGUGGCCGUGGGUCUCCGGAGGGGUCCCCGGGCAGGGGCGCCGGUUGUCAGAUGUGCAUGAGGAGGUGCCUGGUCGGCCUCACCUUUUGUACCUGCUACCUGGCUUCUUACCUCACGAACAAGUAUGUCCUGUCUGUCUUGAAAUUUACCUACCCUACGUUAUUCCAAGGGUGGCAGACAUUAAUUGGUGGACUUUUGCUUCACGUGUCAUGGAAACUGGGCUGGGUGGAGAUCAACAGCAGUUCAAGAUCUGAUGUUUUGACGUGGCUUCCUGCUUCAGUGCUGUUUGUGGGUAUAAUCUAUGCUGGUUCCAGAGCAUUGUCCAGACUGGCCAUUCCUGUGUUUCUCACUUUACAUAAUGUAGCUGAAGUCAUUGUCUGUGGGCACCAGAAGUGUUUUCGGAAAGAGAAAACUUCUCCUGCAAAGAUCUGUAGUGUCCUCUUCCUCCUGGCCGCUGCAGGAUGCCUUCCCUUCAGCGACUCCCAGUUUGAUCCAGAUGGAUAUUUCUGGGCUGUAAUUCACUUAUUCUGCAUAGGGGCUUAUAAGAUACUACAGAAGUCCCAGAAACCCCACGCGUUAAGUGACAUUGACCAGCAGUACUUAAACUAUAUAUUCAGCGUGGUGCUCCUGGCAUUUGCGUCUCAUCCCACAGGUGAUCUCCUCAGCGUCCUGGACUUUCCGUUCCUGUAUUUCUACAGAUUCCAUGGCAGCUGCUGUGCCAGUGGAUUUUUAGGAUUCUUUCUCAUGUUCAGCACAGUGAAGCUAAAAAGCCUUAUGGCCCCAGGGCAGUGUGCAGCCUGGAUUUUAUUUGCUAAGGUUCUGAAUUUCUGA